GGGCGGGGCCGGGCCGGGGGUGGCGGCGGCAGCGGGCAGGGCGUCCGCACACACCUCCCCGCGCCGCCGCCGCCAUCGCCCGCAUUCCGCCGCCUCUGCCCGCAACCGCUGAGCCAUCCAUGGGGGUCGCGGGCCGCAACCGUCCCGGGGCGGCCCGGGCGGUGCUGCUGUUGCUGCUGCCACCGCUGCUGCUGGCGGGGGCCGUCCCGCCGGGUCGGGGCCGUGCCGCGGGGCCGCCGGAGGAUGUGGAUGAGUGUGCCCAAGGGCUAGAUGACUGCCAUGCCGACGCCCUGUGUCAGAACACACCCACCUCCUACAAGUGCUCCUGCAAGCCUGGCUACCAAGGGGAAGGCAGGCAGUGUGAGGACAUCGAUGAAUGUGGAAAUGAGCUCAAUGGAGGCUGUGUCCAUGACUGUUUGAAUAUUCCAGGCAAUUAUCGUUGCACUUGUUUUGAUGGCUUCAUGUUGGCUCAUGACGGUCAUAAUUGUCUUGAUGUGGACGAGUGCCUGGAGAACAAUGGCGGCUGCCAGCACACCUGUGUCAACAUCAUGGGGAGCUAUGAGUGCUGCUGCAAGGAGGGGUUUUUCCUGAGUGACAAUCAGCACACCUGCAUUCACCGCUCGGAAGAGGGCCUGAGCUGCAUGAAUAAGGAUCACGGCUGUAGUCACAUCUGCAAGGAGGCCCCAAGGGGCAGCGUCGCCUGUGAGUGCAGGCCUGGUUUUGAGCUGGCCAAGAACCAGAGAGACUGCAUCUUGACCUGUAACCAUGGGAACGGUGGGUGCCAGCACUCUUGUGAAGAUACAGCUAACGGCCCAGAGUGCAGCUGCCAUCCACAGUACAAGAUGCACACAGAUGGGAGGAGCUGCCUUGAGCGAGAGGACACUGCCCUGGAGGUGACAGAGAGCAACGCCACAUCAGUGGUGGAUGGGGAUAAACGGGUGAAACGGCGGCUGCUCAUGGAAACGUGUGCUGUCAACAAUGGAGGCUGUGACCGCACCUGUAAGGAUACUUCGACAGGUGUCCACUGCAGUUGUCCUGUUGGAUUCACUCUCCAGUUGGAUGGGAAGACGUGUAAAGAUAUUGAUGAGUGCCAGACCCGCAAUGGAGGUUGUGAUCAUUUCUGCAAAAACACUGUGGGCAGUUUUGACUGCAGCUGCAAGAAAGGAUUUAAAUUAUUAACAGAUGAGAAGUCUUGCCAAGAUGUGGAUGAGUGCUCUUUGGAUAGGACCUGUGACCACAGCUGCAUCAACCACCCUGGCACAUUUGCUUGUGUUUGCAACCGAGGGUACACCCUGUAUGGCUUCACCCACUGUGGAGACACCAAUGAGUGCAGUGUCAACAACGGAGGCUGUCAGCAGGUCUGUGUGAACACAGUGGGCAGCUACGAAUGCCAGUGCCACCCUGGGUACAAGCUCCACUGGAAUAAAAAAGACUGUGUGGAAGUGAAGGGGCUCCUGCCAACAAGUGUGUCACCCCGUGUGUCCCUGCACUGCGGUAAGAGUGGUGGAGGAGACGGGUGCUUCCUCAGAUGUCACUCUGGCAUUCACCUCUCUUCAGGACUGCAAGGGGCCUACUCUGUCACCUGCGGCUCUUCCUCUCCUCUCAGGAGCAAACAACAAAAAUCAAAUGACUCUGCUUUUGGGGAUGUCGCCAGCAUCAGGACAAGUGUAACCUUUAAGCUAAAUGAAGGCAAGUGUAGUUUGAAAAAGGCUGAGCUGUUUCCCGAGGGUCUGCGACCAGCACUACCAGAGAAACACAGCUCAGUAAAAGAGAGCUUCCGCUACGUAAACCUUACAUGCAGCUCUGGCAAGCAAGUCCCAGGAGCCCCUGGCCGACCAAGCGCCCCUAAGGAAAUGUUUAUCACUGUUGAGUUUGAGCUUGAGACUAACCAAAAGGAGGUGACAGCUUCUUGUGACCUGAGCUGCAUCGUAAAGCGAACCGAGAAGCGGCUGCGUAAAGCCAUCCGCACGCUCAGAAAGGCCGUCCACAGGGAGCAGUUUCACCUCCAGCUCUCAGGCACGAACCUCGACGUGGCUAAAAAGCCUCCCAGAACAUCUGAACGCCAGGCAGAGUCCUGUGGAGUGGGCCAGGGCCAUGUAGAAAACCAGUGUGUCAGUUGCAGGGCUGGGACCUAUUAUGAUGGAGCACAAGAACGCUGCAUUUUAUGUCCAAAUGGAAUCUUCCAAAAUGAGGAAGGACAAAUUACUUGUGAACCAUGCUCAAGACCAGGAAAUUCUGGGGCCCUGAAGACCCCAGAAGCUUGGAAUGUGUCUGAAUGUGGAGGUCUGUGUCAACCUGGUGAAUAUUCUGCAGAUGGCUUCGCACCUUGCCAGCUCUGUGCCCUGGGCACGUUCCAGCCUGAAGCUGGUCGAACUUCCUGCUUCCCCUGUGGAGGAGGCCUUCCCACCAAACAUCAGGGAGCUACUUCCUUUCAGGACUGUGAAACCAGAGUUCAAUGUUCACCUGGACAUUUCUACAACACCACCACUCACCGAUGUAUUCGUUGCCCAGUGGGAACAUACCAGCCUGAAUUUGGAAAAAAUAAUUGUGUUUCUUGCCCAGGAAAUACUACGACUGACUUUGAUGGCUCUACAAACAUAACCCAGUGUAAAAACAGAAGAUGUGGAGGGGAGCUGGGAGAUUUCACUGGAUACAUUGAAUCCCCAAACUACCCAGGCAAUUACCCAGCCAACACUGAGUGUACGUGGACCAUCAACCCACCCCCCAAGCGCCGCAUCCUGAUCGUGGUCCCUGAGAUCUUCCUGCCCAUAGAGGACGACUGUGGAGACUAUCUGGUGAUGCGGAAAACCUCUUCAUCCAAUUCUGUGACAACGUAUGAAACCUGCCAGACCUACGAACGCCCCAUCGCCUUCACCUCCAGGUCAAAGAAGCUGUGGAUUCAGUUUAAGUCCAAUGAAGGGAACAGCGCUAGAGGGUUCCACGUCCCAUACGUGACAUAUGAUGAGGACUACCAGGAACUAAUUGAAGACAUAGUUCGAGAUGGCAGGCUCUAUGCAUCUGAGAACCAUCAGGAAAUACUUAAGGAUAAGAAACUUAUCAAGGCUCUGUUUGAUGUCCUGGCCCAUCCCCAGAACUAUUUCAAGUACACAGCCCAGGAGUCCCGAGAGAUGUUUCCAAGAUCUUUCAUCCGAUUGCUACGUUCCAAAGUGUCCAGGUUUUUGAGGCCUUACAAAUGACUCAGCCCACGUGCCACUCUACAAAUGUUCUGCUAUAGGGUUGGUGGGACAGAGCUGCCUUCCUUCUGCAUGUCAGCACAGUCGGAUAUUGCUGCCUCCAGUAUCAGUGACUCAUUAGAGUUCAAUUUUUAUAGAUAAUCCAGAUAUUUUGGUAAAUUGAACUUGGUUUUUCUUUCCCAGCAUCGUGGAUGUAGACUGAGAAUGGCUUUGAGUGGCAUCAGCUUCUCACUGCUGUGGGCGGAUGUCUUGGAUACAUCAAGGGCUGGCUGAGCUGGACUUUGGUCAGCCUAGGUGAGACUCACCUGUCCUUCUGGGGUCUUACUCCUCCUCAAGGAGUCUGUAGUGGAAAGGAGGCCACAGAAUAGGCUGCUUAUUCUGAAACUUCAGCUUCCUCUAGCCCGGCCCUCUCUAAGGGAGCCCUCUGCACUCGUGUGCAGGCUCUGACCAGGCAGAACAGGCAAGAGAGGAGGGAAGGAGACCCCUGCAGGCUCCCUCCAUCCACCUUGAGACCUGGGAGGACUCGGUUUCUCCACAGCCUUCUCCAGCCUGUGUGAUACAAGUUUGAUCCCAGGAGUUUGAGUUCUAAGCAGUGCUCAUGAAAAAAAUACUUAAAGCAGAAAGAAUUAGAAAUAAAUAAAAACUAAGCACUUCUGGAGACAUAAAAAUGUACAUUUAUUGCCAGCCUUCCUCGUUGCCAGCUUCCACCCUGCAGCAAAUGCACAGUGCUGACUCUCGCACCUUCAGCUGUGCCCUCCGACACUCUGCUGGCCAUUGCCUGAGGGACUGGGGAGUUCAGGUGAAAUGUAAUUACCUCAGUGGAUGAGAAUCAUCAAUUGUCAUGAAAAGAAGAUUUCACCAACCCUGAGUCAGUAUUGCCAAGGGUUCUACUCCCCAAGUGGACUUCCCAUCACAAGGGAUCUGAGGUCCAGGUGGGUGUGGUGAGGCCCAGCCUGUCAUGUAUGCCUUCCUUCGCCACUCUCAAAUGUGAGAGACGGACUCUGCUCCGUGGACAUGAGCAGCCCCUUGAAGGUGGUCUCAUUCUCUAACAGUAACAGCACUGCCAGAAACACCCUCUAAAUGCCACACGGUCAUCUCACUUUAGGUCAGCCCAGCAGGGCCUCACGAUCAUUUCUUGAACUUGAAUUUUCAGUGUUAUUGAAUCUUUAAACAUUUAAAUCCCCAAGCAAAAAUCUCAUUACAGUGAAUAAAAGGGAAUCCAAUCAAACAAGCCACCAUUUCCCUAAUGGAUGGACUACCUACAACUAUGGUGUUUUGUUAUUUCAAUAACAAUUCUAUGCACAGCCAAUUCUCCAUACCAAAGUACUAAAAAAAUGUUUAACAAGCAUUUUUGAAGAAAACAAAGAGAACUUCAUUAUGGUUAAACUUGCUUUUCAUCUCAGUGUUGCUUUUUUUAACCUGUUAAUAACAUUGUUCUUAAAAAGUCCUAAUCAAACUUCUUUAUUUGGAUGGGCCCUAAAUAUUCAUUUUCAGAUUUCUCUUCAAAAGUUUGAACAUCAUCAUUAAAAAAAAAUAGCAUUAAAACAAGCACUUGGACUUUGUUUUACUGGA